UACUUUCUUCAAAUUAAAAAGCUAGUCAGCUUAUUUAUGAUUGUUAACAAUGCACUCUGGUCAACUUUUUAAUGUGUGAUAUAUUUUUUACCUUGGUCAACUUUUGAAUCAUUGUCAUAUUUUAAUCUUGUCCUAGUAUGACAUUGGUCAUCUUUUUAAUCGCCAUCUUUUGUCAUCGUUUUAUUCUUUGUCAACGUUUUCUCGUUUUCAUCGCUUUGCCGUAGUCAACUUUUGGACGUAGUCAACUUUUUUGACGUCAGCAGCUUAAUCAGCGUUUGUCAUCGUUGCGGCAGCAGAUCAGCUCUCCCACGUAAUUUCUCGAGAAAUUACUUUUUCUAGUUUAAAGACUUGAUUUUCUGACUUUCCUGGUUGAACUUUUUCUUGCCUUUGAUCCAUAAAAGCAGCUUCAAUUAAACCUAAUGUAGUUACCAUGGAGAUACAUUCUCUGUUGCCUGUUUUAUAAUUAUGUACGUAUCCAGGAUUCAUUUACACCAGACUCCAUUUCAUCAUAUUGAAAUUUUUAAACAUAUUUAAACUAUUCGUGUCCAGAGCAGAGGAAAGUCACUGUAUUCUGUACUGUUAUUUAAUUCCCCGUGUUCCUAUUUGAGCAUUUAUAUGAUCUAUCCACCGUUUUUACUUUUAAAAUAUAACAUAGAUAAAUAUAAAAACAUAAAUAUUAUAUAUUAAAGUGAAGGGAAGGGAGCAACGUAAUCCCGCCAGUUGGCGUCCAGUUUCCAUAGCAACGAAUCAGCUCGUCGCCGGAGGACACACACAAACACCCGGAGGUGAUUUGAGCUAAAUAACUAAAGCUACGAGUUGAAUUGCAGUAAGUACCAACUCGAGUCUGACAGACGCGGGACGAUGACAUCACGACGGCUGGGCGUGGUCAGGGAAUCCAUGUUGACCAAUCCGCUCCACAUCAAGGCAUCUCUGGGUCAGACCCAGUCCAGGGGUCUGUCAUUUCCUGGUCCAGAUUUCACAUUCGGAAUCAGCAGCAAGUCCAUCAGAGAUGGGGGUGUGGCUGAAGUUUUGUCCAGCUGGAGGGUCCAGCCCAGACACACAGACUCUGCACUUCAAAUGUCAGUCACGCGGGACUUUGUGUCUCUGAACCGGGACGCGGUAAAGUCUGGUCUGGUGACCCCUAAAGAGUUGAGUCAGUACCGAGCCCAGAGGGCUGGGGUGACCAGGACCAAGGUGCUGGCCCCCAGAAGAGAACAGGGUUCACGGGCCCCGGUAGUGCCUGACAUCACAUUUGGAGUGAGAACCAGGGCCUCGUCUCCUCUCAAAGACCUGCUCUCCCAUCAGUACAGUCGGCGCUGGUUCGAUGAGCAGAUGAGCAAGAGUCGGACUGUGGACCAGAGCCAGCUGCACAUUAUCAGAGCGGGCUGCAUCCCUGACACUAGAACCAGUCUGCUGAGGAGGGGCAGAACCCUUCCUGUCACACAGACGCCAUUUAAGCUGCCUCACUUUUCUCAGGUUCUUCCUGCUCUUGACACCUUCAGGACCCAGGAGGCAAGGUUGCGGGCAUUCCGAGCCCAUCAGUCCAAAUCUGGGUUCGUCAAAGAAGAUGUGGAUUCAGGCUUACAGACAGAAUCUAACACUUCAACACUGGUGCAAAUAAAAUGAAGCAUUGAUCUGUGUUA